GACCGCCGUUGACUCUGUUUUCACCGGAGCCUCCGUCGCGCAUGUCAGUCAGCUGUUUAGCCUGAAAGAGGGACUUCUGUCUCGCGUCUUAGAGACGGACGCGGGGUCGUUCCUGAGGAUCGCCACUGGUCAAGAGGAACUUUCUAGAUCGUGGCUCGCACCAUGCUCCCGGACAAAGAGGGUUCGGGGGUCGGACAGAUCUCCCCCCAUGGAGAGGAUCCCUCCAUCAGUCUGUUCAGACAGUACCUGCGGCUCAAGACCGUCCACCCAGAACCGGACUAUGAUGGCGCUCUGAGGUUCCUGGACAGAAUAGCAGAAGAGCUUGGUCUGCCCAUCAAAAAGAUCGAGGUCUUCCCCGGCAGGGUGGUGACCAUCAUGACUUGGGAAGGCACCGACCCGAACCUGAAGUCCGUUUUAUUGAAUUCCCACACUGAUGUUGUCCCAGUGUUUCAGGAACACUGGAAAUACGAUGCUUUCAGUGCUUUCAAAGAUGCAGAGGGCAACAUUUAUGCCCGGGGAGCUCAGGACAUGAAAUGUGUGACAAUACAGUACAUCCAGGCUGUACGGAGACUGAAGGCAGAGGGGCGGAGAUUGCUGCGCACUGUGCACUUGCUGUUCGUCCCUGAGUGCAACAACACACCUGAGCCAGGACGUAACAAAAUAAAAGCAUCCCAUAACCAAAAAAAAAAAGCAGUUGAUGAAGAAGUGGGUGGACACAAGGGAAUGGAGACUUUUGUGAAGGAUCCGGAGUUUCAGAAGUUAAACAUUGGCUUUGCUCUGGACGAAGGUCUAGCAAACCCCAGCGAUGCCUUCACCGUGUUCUAUGGAGAAAGAAAUCCUUGGUGGAUCACCGUCCACUGCCCUGGCAGUCCGGGCCACGGAUCAAGGUUUGUGGAGAACACAGCUGCUGAAAAACUGCGCCGCGUCAUAAACACGUUCAUGGAUUUUCGAGAAAAGGAGAAACACAGGCUGAAUACGAGCGAGUGUUUUACCCUCGGUGAUGUCACCACCGUCAAUAUGACGAUGGUGAAAGGGGGCGUGGCCUACAACGUCAUUCCUGCCGAGAUGGACGUGAGCUUUGAUUUAAGAAUACCACCGACAGUGAAUCUCCAGGAGUUUGAAGGGCAAAUUAAACAGUGGUGCAAAGAAGCAGGUGAUGACGUCACCUAUAAAUUCGCCCAGAAACACAUGAACCAGAACGUGACCUCAACUGAGGACAGUGAUCCCUGGUGGAGAGCUUUCAGCCAAACCUGCAAGUCAAUGAACAUGACUCUUCAGAAGGAGAUAUUCCCAGCUGCUACAGACAGUCGCUUCAUCAGAGCGUUGUCCAUCCCUGCCAUCGGCUUCUCCCCGAUGAACAGAACCCCGAUUCUGCUCCACGAUCACAACGAGUAUCUGAACGAGCAGGUCUUCCUCAGAGGCAUCGACGUGUUCGCCGAGCUGAUCCCGGCUCUGGCCAACGUGCCCAUCCUUCCCAAUGAAGCUUAGCUGCUCCCAAAUCUCACCGCCAACUAACCAAAGCAGAAUAGGAACAAGACAUCGCCCAGCCAAAACUGAGGCGGUCGAGUUCCACUUUGGAAUGAUUCUCAGGAUAUAAGCAGCUGCACAUUGCAUUUACCAUCACUUGGACUUUCUGUGCUUUCAUGAUCACCUUUAAGCAACAAUUGUUUUUAACUGUGAGGAUGAAUGUACUUUAUGUUGCCUCAUUCACAGAUACUUCAUGAAAUAUAUGGCAUGAUUAGGCCUUUAAGCAUCGAAUGAAGGAGUCUCACUUUUAUGCACAGCCUAAUGAGCAUUUAAUGAGCAUAUUUGGCAAAUACCCAGCACUGUGUGUCGAUCACCAUGCUGGAAUGUUUGUCCAAUUGAUUGUCAGGUGCAAAUAAGUUAUGAGUUGAUGUCUUUUUGUGAGUUUCACACUUAAUAAAUGCAAGCAAUGCGUGUGGAAUGAAUUUAAUAAAAUCUUUAUUCUCA